AUGGCUAGUUACGUAGUCAUCUCUAAGGUACUCUUACCACCUCAGCCUCCAAUAUCACCAUCUAUACUCAGACUUCUUACCACCCAAUCCGAACUUUCACCACCUCAAAGCGUAACCCACCCCCGUUACCCUAACAUAGAAUUUUGGCACCAAUACUAUUUCACUUUUACCACCUCAUCACCAAAUCUAACCAUCUUGACCCAAAGUUGCUACUACCCGCCUCGGAAUUUCACCACCUCACACCCAAGCCAAAGAAAACCUACUCCCUCUCACAAAAAUUUGAUCGCAUCAUUCAACUUGACAAAACCAUCACCACACCCUUCCAAGCUAAAGCAACCUCAACCACUUCCUCUCAUUCACAUACUUAUCACGCGACCUGGUCUUCGUGGUCACCCAACUGGGUCCGCCGAUUCACCUCCACCAUCUCUUGAUUCACCUCCACGAGUUCGAGCCACACGAGGCGGUCAUACUGGAUCUCGUGGUGGAGGACGCAAGCGACAGAGAACAGAUCACGAACGCCAAGCAGAAGACAACCACCUACCCGAACCAGAUGACAACAUACUUGACGAGUCGGAUGACACAUUAGUGGACGAACUAGGCAAUCCAGUCACUCGUCCAACCUUGCACAACUACCGCGAUCUAGGGUUCCAAAUUUCUCCGGCAGGACUCUUUGAAGCUCAAGGAUUGCAAAGGUUGUAUCAGUUGCAUAAGACAAUGCUCUGCAUUGUGCUGAAAUGCAGCCGUCACGUACUCGACGAGGCGUUAUUGGAAGGGCCGCUCGCACGUGAACCCAACAUGUACACGAACUAUCAAACCUACAGUGUCGUGGCCACCCAAACAAAGACGACUAGUGAAGCCUACGCCCUCACCCAAACGCCCCGUGGGAUUCCCAGCAUAGCCAAUUCAGACGACACCAAUCCAGACACGACCACACCCUCAGCUGAACACAUAACCAAAAAAUCCGACCUUCAACCACUCAGCGAGGAAGAAAUGGUCCAAUAUGUCCCUAUCUUUAAGCGGCUUGUCAAUUUGGGCAAAGUCUCUAGAGAUUUGCAUGAAGGUUGCCUAUGGAGGCAUAGCGGUAAGUCUCGCAGCCAGAGUCGCGAGCAGCUGAUGAAGCUUGAGAUCAAUCGGGUUGCUCGCCAGCUUCACAUUCUCACAAAGCAACUUAACCUUCAAUUUCACCUAUUGCUUGCCUGCUGGAACCCUUCCUCUCCAACUGCCAAUGCCCUAUUCCAGGACGAGCACACAUUGUGUGAACGCUGGGCUCGCCUAGAGAAGAAGACUCAUCUUCUUGAGCGCUUCACUUACGAGUCAACUAAGAUCCCUGUACACCAACGUCCCAAACCAGACAAGCCCAAACCAAUGUCAGAAGCAGGACUCCGUCAAGCAAUGAAACGGACUGAGCUCACAAAAGCUCUCAACAAUUUGAUCACCCCAUUUCUCCGCGGCGGUCAGCAAGGGUUGGGAGAUGCCCAUCCUAAAGUCGGCAACGUGAAAGAUGCGUUUCAAAAGAAAAUAUACCGCGGCAAUGUCCAGCUCACGUUCCAUCGCACCCCUGAUAGCCUCGUCAACGAUGUCAUGAUUAGCAAAGGACCUAGCAGGUUAUCUAACGAUGAAGUCCAGCUUUGGCUUGACGACAUCGACUCAACGCGAUACACAAUCAUCCAGGUGAGAAAGUCAAAUUCAGACUCCACAGAACAGCCACCAAUACAUGAACCCCUUGACACAACUGAUGAACAACCAAUUCAAGAAGAAACCGAUCACACUUCCACAUCACUCGAACUCACCCUUUAG